AUGUAUAUAUAUGCGUGUGCGCCUUGCAUAUCAAGAUGGAACAGUGAAUCUUAUAGUUUUAAAGCGAGGGAGGAGAUUACUUUUUAAGAUCCAGCAUCGAAAGUCUGCAAAUUUUCCCGGAAAAUCGCGGCGGGAUUUCUUGAUUCUUGAGAAAAAUCUUUUGUCGGAUGCGUUUUCAAGACUGUUUCUCUCUUACGCAUUUUCGCCUUCUCAGUUCUCUCUCUCUUCUUUGUAAGGCUCCAAAAAUGGCGACAAAACGCAGUAAUUUUUGAUUAUUUUGUUUUUCUUUUCGAAUCAGCAGAGCAGAGCUUUAACCCGACCGAUUAUUACUCUGUUUCUUCCUUUUCAAUUUCCGCGAUCACAUUUCGACUUUCUAUUUAAGUUACUUAAUUUCCUUUUCUGUUUAUGGGAAGUUUUUGUUUGAAAAGGAGAGAGUUUAUAUUCAAAAUUUUACGGACUUUAAAAGCGCACGGACGGACGUUCGCUCGCUCUGGAAAACCCUAAGAAAUUUUUUGGAAAAAAUUUUCAGGGUUUCUCUUCUCCGUAACUGCCGAAUCAGCUGACUUUUCUUACGAUUUUCCGCCUUGUUUUCUCCAUAAUUCCUUGAAUGUGCGAGUUGAGGUUACGCUCACCAUUUCUGGAUUCUGCAUGCCUUGAAAAUUUAAAUUCCUCUCGCCAUCCACUUGGCAUUUGGAACUUACUGUUUUUCAAAAAUUGUGUUCAAUCUUCUUCGCUUCCUAUAUAUUCGCCCUUUCGCGCUUCAGUAUUUCGCAUAAUCGUACCCUUUUUCUUCUUCUUCACUGCUCUGUUUCUUUGUUCUUUUCCAUUGCUCUGUUUUCUUGGAGGGAAAUGGCGUGGAUUGUGGAAGUGGUUUCAGUGAGGCAUUUCUUCGUGCUGUCUCUAGCUUUGAAUGUGAGUUUGAUUCUGAGAGCUAUAAGUCAAAAUGGAGCUCCAAUGGCGGCCCAGAAGGAGGCGAAAGUUGCCCAAAUGACAUUUUUGUCCUUCCCUUCUCUAUCAUCUCCAUCAGCUGCCGCUCCUGCAACUGCAACUCCUCCUCUGGGUGAAAACGGCGGCGAAAGAGUCAUUAAUCUUGACCAUGGUGACCCGACAAUGUAUGAGCAAUAUUGGAAGCAGACGGGGGACAAGACCACAAUAGUGAUCCCGGGAUGGCAAUCAAUGAGUUAUUUUUCUGAUGUGAAGAACUUGUGCUGGUUCUUGGAGCCAGAGUUUGCGAGGCAAAUUGUGAGGCUGCACAAGGUGGUCGGGAAUGCUGUGACCGAGGGGCGGCACAUUGUCGUCGGGACGGGCUCCUCCCAGCUCUUCUUAGCUGCCCUCUAUGCCCUGUCCCCGCGAGAUGCGUCGAACCCCAUCAGCGUGGUCUCUGCAGCCCCAUACUACUCGUCUUACCCUUCAAUGACCGACUGCCUCAAGUCGGGCCUCCACAAGUGGGCUGGCGAUGCGAAGAUAUUCGACAAGCGCGAGCCCUACAUUGAGUUGGUUACUUCCCCCAACAAUCCGGAUGGCUUUGUUCGACAUUCCAUGGUGAACAGAAGUGGCGGGAUAUUGGUCCAUGACCUUGCUUAUUAUUGGCCGCAGUAUACGCCUAUAUCCUCCCCAGCUGACAACGACUUGACACUGUUCACUGUGUCGAAGAGCACUGGCCAUGCCGGGAUGCGCAUUGGGUGGGCUCUAGUGAAAGAUGUUGAAGUUGCAAAGAGGAUGAUCAAAUUCAUAGAGCUGAACACCAUUGGUGUGUCCAAGGACUCGCAGCUCCGGGCUGCCAAAGUUCUGGAAGUGGUAUCGGACAGUUGCGAACAGGCUGGUGGUUCGGAGUAUGCGGAAUCGUUCUUCCAUUUCAGCCAUGCCCUCAUGACGGAGAGGUGGACGCUGCUGAGGGAGGCAGUGAAAUGCAGCGGCAUCUUUAGUUUGCCCAAGUUCUCUCCCGCACAUUGCAACUUCUUUGAUAACAACCUGGGAUCUCAACCUGCUUUCGCAUGGUUAAAAUGUGAAGUGGACGAUGUCGAUGAUUGCGAGCACUUCCUCCGGGGCCACAAGAUCCUGACCCGGGGCGGAAAGCAUUUUGGUUUCAGCCCGAAAUACGUCCGAAUUAGCAUGCUUGAUCGCGAAGAAACCUUCAAUUUAUUUAUAGAAAGAUUGUCCCAGAUCAGAUCAUGACAUCUGAUCUGAUGCUGAUGAACUGAACAAGUGUGGGCAAGGCAGGGGGAGAAGGUAUCAUCAGAGGUUUCGGGCCUUGCAAAUGUAAAUUUGAAAAUGAAAACGAGAAAGAAAGAAAAAAAAAUGAAAAGAAAAGGAGAAUAUUUGUUA